AUGUCGGCAUUUAUAUUAUUUGUGGUGAUUCUGUGCGCCAGUAGUGGUGUAUUGGGUCAGUCAACACAGACAUCAGUGUCUGUUCCCUCUGUCAUCACAACUACCACCACAGCUGAUCCCAACACCAUCUCAACCACUAUCGACCACAAUAUGACCGCAACAACACCUCCGACAACAGUCACCACUUCGGACACUACAUCUACUCAACACACGGUUGUGACCACAACGCGGACUAAACAGAUUAAACCCACGGCACCGAAGGAUCAAAACAAUGUAUGGCUUUAUUUGACACUUCUAUUAUUCCUAAGUCUGGUCAUAGCGACAGCCGUUUGCAUAGCUCUCUGCUGUAUUACCAAACGAUUAUCACAAACAAAGACUGUUGACAGCGAAAAAGAUGAGGAAUCAAAGGAAAAGUCCGAAAGUCCGCGUAAAGAGUCCAAAAAGUCGAAGGAAAAGGAAAAAAGUGGUGAUAAGGAGAGAAAGCCUCCGCCACCUGCACCCAAACCUGCGCCCAAACCUGUGCCGCCACCCCCUGUGCCACCGCCUCCUGUGUCAGCCCCACCACCGCGUGAGCCGUCGAUGAGCGCAGUGCCCAUCAGUCCUAAUGAGCCCCCAAUUCUUCCGCCUCCUAAUGAGGGCAAACCGGACACACCUUUCCAGGGAUUGCCAUAA